GAGUUCGAAAUAUUAUCCACCUUGGAUUUCUUUACUUGUAAGCAUUGUUAUUAUAUUGGCAGAUUUCUGGAGGUUUCAUGGUUUAUCUUCAAAACUAUUACUCCAAAGUUCCUCAUUGUUAUAUUCCCAGAAUUAUGGAGGUUUCAUGAUGAACAGUUAGUGAAAAAAAUGAAGCAGCAGCAAUGCCCACGAGCACCAUGACCCUGUUUCUACAAAGAUGAGAAAAAAGCAGAGAGCAUACUUUUGUGCACCUUCUAUAAAGUUAAAUCACCUAACUCUCGUGGCAAAUCCUUGUGCAUGGAUGACACCCUCUCCCUCACAAAUCCGCCAUGAACACAUCCAUAUAGAUGUACAUUAAACAUUCUCUGAUUCACUGAUAAAAUGGGUAUCCAUCACAAUCUUAAAUCAGUUUCUUUUGUUCAAUUCUUGAUGGGCUAUUGCCUCCUCCAUGGAUUUCUCAGUGCAUCUGCCCACCAUGAUCCUGUAGAUAUAUUAAGCAGGUUAAAUCUUGAAUAUAAUGAGAGUAUGGAAGUGGAUGAUUACAGGAUUUAUAUUGCUCAGGAGUUGGGAAGUGUGAAGGAUUUUUUAGAAAAAGCUGCUUCACAGGUGAAUUAUAAUGGUAGCUCAUGCAAGAAGUCUAUCAGUGUGGGCUUGAGUUCUACACCAUGGGUACAGGCUCUUGUGCUUAAUGACAGUUUUGGGGAUGCCAUCAAGCAGCUUGAUCAGAUCACCACCAUUCUGUCAAGCUGUCCAGAAGUUGAAAUUUCUGAGGCUGUGCUUGACUUUGCCCAGCAAGCCUAUAAACAUGUUGUGAAGGCCUCUGUAUUGCUAGGGAAUCUUCAAGAACUUAUAAGCAGUAAUACUCUGUUAAAUAGGAGCCAGCAGAGAUACUAUAGAGAAGACAAAAGCCAAGGAUGUGUAGUGGACGGCACCAAGUGCCAAUACUCCAAAUGUGGAAAGGGAAAAUUGCUACUCAACUGUGCCACUGGAUUUGCAGCAGGUGUGAUAGGCGGUGCACAAGGAACAUUCUACACAGUCAAUAAUUCCCAAGACAACCCACAACACCCUAUCCCAGGCACAUUGCGCUACGCUGUCAAUUUAGCAGCCUCAAUUACAAAAGGUGUAUGGAUCAAAUUCUCAGAGGACCUGGUCAUCUGCCUCAAAGAAAUGCUGUGGAUCAAGAGCCACACCACAAUUGAUGGCCGGGGCUUUAAUGUUACCAUCACUUGCAAGAACAUAGUUCUUGCUGGCAUUCAUAACGUCAUUCUCCACAACUUUCAGAUCAGUGGAAUCACAAAGACUGAUACAGUUCAUAUAUUUUCUGGAACAACCAUGGUGUGGGUCGAUCACUUGACUUCCUUUGAUGCUAAAUUAGGAUUGGUCUCAGUGGUUGAAGGAUCCACAGAUGUAACCAUCUCCAACUGUGAUCUUUCUAAUAAGAAUUUCAAUAUGCUGUUGGGUGCCUCGGAUUCGGACACAGUUGAUCAGAAGCUUAGAGUUACUGUCUUCAGAAAUUGGUUCAGGAAUAGCAGGCAGCGCAUGCCUCAUUGCAGAUGGGGAUACUGCCAUGUUGUGAACAAUCUAUACAAUAACUGGGGAUACUAUGCAAUUGGAGGAAGAGCCCAUGCCAAGGUAUAUUCAGAAAAGAAUGUGUUCUGUGCAGGCCAUCAUCAGGAGGUCACACCAUGGUUCAAAGGACACAGUUCUAGCUUUGACACAACUGCCACCAUUCAGUCUACAGGUGAUCUAUUUCUGAAUGGUGCAACAUUCCACCAAUUCCUCGGCUUUGGCAGUCUUACACCUCCCACUUACACCCAUCAUAGGGACUACCCUCCUACCCAUCCCACAACAAGUCUUGUAAACCUUGUUCAACAUUGCUCUGGAGCUCUCUUUGGCCCAAAGCUUGAUGAAUGCCUCAGGAUAUAACAAAGGAAUAUAGUAAUCAUUUUUCAUCCUAGUUUUCUGGUUGUAUAUAACAAUCUCAUCUUGCGGUUAACAUGUUCAUGACCUGCAAGGAUUUUAUAGAGUAACCAAUCUGGAAGUUAAUGUUAUACUGACAGAUUGAUUUAAAAUUCCUUGUCUAAUACAAUAUGAAAGUAAAUUGUAGUCCGAACUGUAUUAAAUGAAA